AUGGUAUGGAUGAAGCGCCAUGGGUAUAGCAAGAGGCCCAGAUUAAGUAGUGGAGAGGAUGAAGACUCAAAUGAUGUAUUGGUGCGCCGAGUUGAUGCCAUUGGUGAAGAUGUCUGGGGUGAAGAGCUACCUGAAGAUGAGAUUGAACAAAGCUUGCUUCUUGCAAGUCAGGUUUAUACCCAGGUAACUGAUCAGCCCCAAGAGAAGAAUGAGCACCAUGCUGACCUUCAGAACUCCAAGAAAGAGACUUGGACUGGGAGAUUCUCCAAGACAAAAAGUGAAAAUGACAUCAAGGUGCCUGUCUUACCCCAAGACACCAUGCUGCACUUGGGUAAGACAGGUAGAUUGGUUCAUGCCUCUUCCAUGAAUCAGUUACUUGUGACCAAAUCAGUAAAGGUUCCUAUGGCAAGUGGAUCUUCCUCUCUUUCAAUUUCAAAGCCUACAGUAUUCAGCAAAAAGCCAUCAGCAUCAUCUCCAAGGAAACACUUGGAGUCCAAAGUACCUGGAAGGACUGGUCCACAGGUGUUCACAAAUUAUUCCCCAUUAACCAAGCCAAGCAGCUUUCCUCAUCAACCUCGAACAGGAGGUCCUGAAGAAAGCAUUAGGAAACAGGUAGAUUGUCUGAAAGAGGAAAACUAUGCUAGGCAAGGAGAGUUGACCUUUCUCAGAGGAGAAUUAAAGAAGGUGCAGAGAAAUCUUGAACAGGAACGUCUUGGGAAGAUACACCAGUUGGAAUCUCAGUCUCGACAAUUUGAAGAAGAGAAGAAGGCUUUGCAAAGGGAGCUGGAUCAAAUCAAAACAGAACUGGAACUGAAGAAUCAUGAGACAAAAGAGGCCAUUGAGAGAUGUAGGCGAUUGGAGCAUUCAGGAGGCGUACUUCUUGGGGCUCAGCCUAUUUCUUCUCCAAAGAUGACUAGACCAAGCAAGAAGAAGUCAGAUUUUCCUACAGUAAAAGGGGAAGAUGAUGGAAAAUCCACAUACAAUGAGAAUAAGUGUCUUGCAACCUUGCAUGGUCUGGAGUUCCUCCUCUCCAGUUUGAGUCCUGAUGUUCAAGACUCCCAAUCUGCCCACCUGGGAGAUGCCAUUUCUCCAAUCUUGGACACCAUGGUCAAGUUGUGGAAUGCACAGCUUAGCUCAGGGGUGAUCCAGAAGAUUUUGGCAAUCUUAAGGAUUUUGUCUGACAAGUACCAACAUCCCAUUCUGAAGAAUGGGAGCAUUCUCUCGUGUUUAUCGUCUUUGCUGAGCAAGCGAAUGGACUACCCACUUCUGAAGGAAUUGCUCUCCCUGUUUGGUGCAGCCUUAUCCAUGAGAGAAUCUCAUGUGAAGGCUGGCCAUGAUGCCUGUGACAUCCUGGUUCCUCGGUUCUGCCAGUACAUGAAAGGAAGCUACAGGAAGUUGACAGCAUUACAGAAAACUGAGGUAACCAAUGGUAUGAUGCAGCUUUGUGUGUUCCUGACAUCUAAAUCACCUCUGGAGCCUUGCAUAUGCUGGAGGAGGAUCUUUCAAUGUUUUGUGUGGCUGCUGUAUCAAGAAGCCCUCUCCUCAUCUUCCUCCUCAGUGGAUUCAGAAUCUGAACGAAGGCAAAGAGACAUGCUAUCAAGAAGUGUUGGAGUACUGCAUCACCUCUUGUACCUACCAGUUGAGAUCCAAUGGCAUACUGAGACUUUCCACACUCUGAUAUGGCAUCUCCUCCAAUAUCCCACCCUCACAUCUCAACGAAUGCAGGAGAGGAAAUUUAGCCGUGGUCUGAGCAAGCCUGGCAUGGCUGCUCAGCUACGAGAACAAGUGAGCCAAGUCCUUCGACAAUCAGAUUCACAGGUAAGGAUUCAACAUGUUGACCCUGUGGAUUAUGAAAAUUUCAUCUUGAAGCAUCGGACUCUGCUUCUGAAUGAUCCUGAGCGGGACCUACUAAUCUUCCCCACUGAUGAUAUAUCUUUUGAAGAGGUGCCAAGGAAGUGCAGGACAACCAUGCCCUCGGUGACUGAAGAAGUGAGAGAUGCUGCAUCAAGUCUCUUUGUCAAGGAGUGCCUGAAGUCAUAUACUGAACCAUGGAAGGUUAUUCAAUACAAAUUCUCUGCCUAUAGUGGCUCAUACCUCAAUCUCCCCAAGUUUCCAGAAGUAUCUGCCUGCUUGCGUGAUGAAGUAUAUGAAGUGGACGUGAAUGAUGAAGAAAUGGAUAAUUUAUCCAUCAGCUCUCAAGCUGUGACUAAAGAGGGUUACUUGCUGAAGGGACCAGAAUCAGGAAAUGACUGGCUUUUGGGGAACAUUGCUACAAAAUCCUUUAAGCGUCGCUAUGCAUGUCUCAGACAAGGUGUUGAUGGCACUUACCUCUUGGAAUUCAAGAAGGAUGAGAGGCUGAGAGAGUCAAAGGGAGCAAUUGUUCUUGACUUUUGUCAGGAGAUUGUUCGGAACACCAAGAGAGGAAGGUUUGCAUUUGAGCUCCGCAUGGCAGAGAGACAUAAGUCUUAUGUGCUAGCAGCAGAAUCAGAAAUGGAACUUCAAGACUGGGUUGAUAAGAUCAAUCGAGCCAUACAAGCCAAGAGGCUAGAAGAGAAUCGUGCUGCUUCCAUUGAGAGAGGUAUGACACCUCCUCCUGUAAGUGAUGGUGAAGGCGAGGGGUGGAGCAUGGGCACCCUGAGGGGCCUUGAACAUAGCUUGAAUCCUGUACUCACUAAAUAUGCACACGAGACAGAAUGUUCUAUUGCCACAGCCAGGAAGGAAUUGCGGCAAAAUCUGUUUGCUAUCUAUCCUGACAUGCCGAAAAUCCCUUGUGAUGAGCCUCCAGAUUUGGGAGACCUGGCAUCACCAUGGGAAGAACACUUUGGUGUGCGGUUCCUUGUUCAUUGCAAAAAGCUCCUAUUUAAGCUCAAUAGUGAGCUUGAACCUAUUGAGCCAUACUUCACAUCCCUUGCACUCUAUGAUGCACGAAAUGGAAUCAAGCUGUCUGAGGACUUCCACUUUUGCCUGAAUCCUCCUGAGGUGAUGGACAUGUUGGAUAUAGAGCAACCACCUGGUUCCCCCAUUUCAGAGCUUCUUCCUCAUCUCAAGGAUGCUCCUUCAGUUACAAAGGCCCUGUUCUCAGUGAGACAUCCACAUCCUGAUAUCUUUCUGGUUCUGAGGGUUGAGAAGGUCCUCCAAGGAAACAUUCUUAUGGCUUCUGAGCCCUAUGUCAAGUUUCCUGACCCUCGGAAUGCUGUUCGCAUACACAAGAUUGCCCGUGGAUACUGCCAAAGGUUGGGUCAGUAUCAUAUGCCAUUUGCAUGGGCAGCUGCUCAGAUCUUCCACCUCAAUGGAAAACUUGAUGAGGAUGCGAAGUUCUCUCCAUUGUACAGACAAGAUACCCUGAAAGUCUCAGAUGCAGAUCUUCUGAAGAACAUCAGUGAAAUGAGAAAAAUGUCAGACAAGCAAAAUAGAUGGACAGUGAUCCCAGGUGGAUUUCACAUCUCCAUAACCCCUGUUCAAGACCCUCCACCAAAUAGCUUGACAUCUUCUCUGCAGCCAUUGGACCCCUUUCCUCUACCCCUCUCCCAUGCCCUCACUCUGGAAGUGGAUAAUUUCCCUCCUACAAAGGCUGAACUCUCCUAUCCACAUCUCUCAUAUGUGAAUCACCUCCAUGUCUAUCCCCUGAGCCUGAAGUAUGAUUCACAAAAGACAUUCACUAGAGCCAGAAAUAUUGCUUGUGUCAUUGAACUCAGAGAUUCAGAUGAGGAAAAGGCUCAGCCCCUCCAGAGAAUUUAUGGUCAUUCUGGAGAGGACCUGUUGACAACUCAAUGCUGUACCCCAGUCCUGCACCAUGUUGAAAAUCCUGAGUUUUAUGAGGAAGUUAAGGUGUUGAUGCCUCCUGGCAUCCAUGGAAAGCAUCAUCUUCUUUUCACCUUCCACCAUGUUUCUUGUGAACCUCCUAAAGGGAAUAAGAAACCAUCAAGUGUUGAUUCAAUUGUGGGCUAUGCCUGGCUCCCGCUUCUUCACAAGGGAAGGCUUGUCUUUGGUGAAUGCAGUCUUCCUGUCUCAGCCAAUCUUCCACCUAAAUAUCUUGCAGUUGAGGCUUUGGGUCUUGGCAAGGGAGUAAGUCCAGAUGUAAAAUGGGUGGAUGGACAGAAGCAGCUUUUCUCUGUGAAGCUGGAUUACAUCAGCACUGUCAUGACUCCUGAUCCACAUCUCCAUAAUUUCUUCACUGUACUAGAACAGCUGAUCCAGUCAUCCUCUGAUACUAAUAUUCUGAGUCCUAAGACUGAUCUCAAAAGCCUUCUGAGUGCUGAAUCUGUGAAGGAUCUAUCCAAAUAUGUGAAGGCCCUGCAUGCAGCAGAUAUCUGCUGGGUAUUGCGGUAUCUCCAGCCUCUUCUUCAUCAGCUGUUGUGCCUCCUUGCUGGUGCAUUUCCAUAUACAAGUGAAGAGUUACAAGGUGAGGUGAUCAAGGUGCUCAUCCACAUCAUCCAUUCAGCAGAAAUGGCUGGACAUCAAGAGGUCAUCUUGUCAUAUGCAAAGUAUGUGUUUGACUGUGACUUGGAGGAGAGUAGCUCCCCAAGGUUACAAACAACCCUUCAUGAGGAGAUGGUCAAAGCCAUGACAUUGUUGUUACGCCCUGCCAAUACUGAUCUUCUUAUCAUCAACAAGUUCAUGAGACACUCUGGAUUCUUCCUUCGGCUCCUUGCCAAAGCCAUGGCCCGGUAUCUUCUUCUGUCUGGCCGAAUCAAGAGACACGAGAGAUUCGCAGCAGAUUUCCUUUAUCGACUGAGGAAUUUUGUUCAGGUUCUAACUCCUCACAUCCUUCAGAAGUUUAAGGAACUUCCCCUUGAGACAAGAGAAGUUAACUUCUGCUUAGCUCAGUUCCUCAAGAAAUGCCUGAGCCAAAUGGACAGAGAAUAUGUAUUUAAACUGAUCAGUUCCUACACAUCCAAAUUCAGCCCUGGGGACCCUCCCCUGCUUCAAGAGUACAAACUGGACUUCCUUCGGGAGGUUCUGUCUCAUGAACACUAUGUUCCUCUGAAUCUUCCUAUAGUCACUACUCGUCGAGGAGAAGAGGAGGAUUUAAGCCGAUUGUUCACGCUCUCUAUGGACUUCUGCUCCAAGCACUUCUUAUCUGGUCUCCUCCUACGGGAAGUGAGACUGGCCCUCAAUGAGCUUCCCAAUGUCCGACGUGUUGCCCUGAAUAUCCUCAGAAACUUGUUGGCUAAGCAUUCCUUUGAUGAUCGAUACUCCUCUGCAGUGAGGCAGAGUCGAAUUGCUCUUCUCUACUUGCCUCUCCUCCCCAUUAUAUUGGAGAAUGUGGACCGCUUUGAUGUUGAGCCAAAAAGAAGAAGAACUGAUGCUGGAAGGAAUAUCCUACGUAACCGAGGUUCUUAUCGCUCACUGCCAACUGGGGAAGUAAGCGAACCAGAGAAGAAAGAAAAAGAGAAGCAAUCGAAAGUCACAGAGGCAAAGGGGAAUGAGGAAGAGGAUGAGGAUGAUACUCCAACCCCAACUGGGACACCUUCUUCUUCUCGUAGCAGCAGUCGCAGACAUCGCAGGAUGGAAAGUGUGGCCAUGGGAACCAUCCGGCAGGAUAAGCUUUCACCAAAUGAAGUCAGAGACCUGCUCCUUUGUUUCCUUUGGGUUGUGAAGAGUGCAACAGCAGAGUCACUGAUUGCAUGGUGGAAGACAUGUUCUGCCGAAGACAUGACGGCAUUCUUCCGGGCACUUGAAUUAAGUCUUCACCAAUUCCGCUACCAAGGACGAAGCAAAGAAGAUCAACAGGUGUCCCGGUUCUCGGUAUAUGUUGAAAGGGGGAUGUCUGGAUCCCUGCAGAUCCAGGGAAGCAACGAGGGUCAUCUAGUGAGGUCUUCCACGAUGCCAGCGCGUUUUGAUUCAGAGAAGGCAUCUUCUCUCCCUCUUGGUUCGCCACUGCACUCUCAGCCUAAGCGACAAGAGAGCCUGGCCCCCUCUGAAUUGGAUUCCAUGUUUCAUUCCUUGAUGGAAGCAAAUCUGGCCACCGAAGUGGGGUUGAUUGUAUUGGAUGCUUUGGGUCUUUAUAAGCUUCAUUUUCCAAAUCGCUUGUCUAUGGACAACGGCCAGAAUUCAGCGAUGAAGAAGUUUCUCGAUAUUUCCCUGUACUUUCUCCAAGUCAGUCAAUCGGAGACUCUUCUCAAGCAUGUGUUCGCCAUGUGGAGGGCUUUCAUCAACAAGUUCUCACAGGUGCUGUUCACCGGCAGCGCUGAGUUCUGUGGGAAACUGUGCUACGAACUGCUAAUGUGUUGCAACAGUAAGCUUCCAUCAACACGCAGUGAAGCUUCGUCUCUUCUCUAUCUCCUAUUGAGGAGCAACUUUGAAUUUACGAAGAGGAAGGGAGUUACUCGUGUGCACCUCCAGAUUGUGAUUUCGGUGUCGAAGCUACUCGGUGAAGUGGUGUCUCUCAACAACAAUCUCUUCCAAGAAAGCCUGUCUCGAGUGAACAGUUACGCCGCCGCAGACAAGGCCAUGCAGAAGACUGCAAAGCAUCCCAUCAUUAGCGUUCCGAUCCACGUGUUUCGAAUGCCAGGAUUCAGGUCUGAGGUGCAAGACGUGACUCGGCGCGUCCGCACGGUGUUGAUGGCCACGUCUCAGCUCCGGGAGCACGAUUCGGAUCCGGAGACCCUGGCGGAGCUCCAGCACAGUCUGGCCAACAGCUACGCGUCCACUCCGGAGCUGAGGGUCACCUGGCUGGAGAGCCUGGCCAAACUGCACGGCAAGACGGGGAAUUUCUCCGAGGUUGCCAUGUGUCAGGUUCACAUAGCGGCCGUGAUGGCGGAGUUCCUCCGACUCCGAGGCGUCUUCCCCGAAGGAGCGAGAGCCUUCGAACGUCUGUCCCCGAAUGUACCUCUAGAGGAAUGCGGACUCAAAGACGACCAAGGCAUGCCCUCCGCCGCUUUCUUCUCGCGUCUUCAGGAAGUGCCAUACUCGGAGGACACAUUCAUCGCUCACCUGGAGCUGUGUGCCUCGUGCCUGGAGAAGUCGGAGCGAUGGGAAUGCCUGGGACCCCUCUAUCGCAUCAUCAUCCCCUUUUACGAAAAGCGGAGAGAUUUCACCAGCCUUUCCAAUUGCUAUGGCCAUCUGGAGCGGUCCUAUCGGAAAGUGCACGAAGUGAAUCGCCUGGGGAGGAGGUUCCUCGGAACCUAUUUUCGACUUGCCUUUUAUGGAGAGGUCUACUUUGAGGCAUUGAGUGGUCAAGAAUUCAUUUACAAAGAGCCGAACGUGACGACGUUGGCCGAGUUCUCCGAGCGGAUUGAGAACCAGUUCGGCCAGAAGUUUGGAGCCGAUUCCCUCCGGAUCAUCAAGGACUCCAAUCCUGUGAACGAAGAAGAGCUGGAGUCUAGGUAUGCAUAUAUUCAGAUCACGAGUGUUUUGCCGUAUUUCGAUCCUUCAGAAGACCGCAUCACUGAGUUCGAAAGGAACCAUAAUGUGAAGAGGUUUGUGUAUGAAACUCCUUUCUCGAAAGGAGAGGGUAAGGCUGCUCAAGUGAACUCAGUUGCUGACCAGUGGAAACGGAGAACCAUUGUGACAACAUCAGUAUGUCUACCAUACCUGGAGAAGAGAAUCCAGAUUGUGGCCAAGCAGGUGGAAGAAUUGUCUCCAAUUGAGGUUGCCAUAGAAGAAAUGGCUGGUCGUGUCAAAGGACUUCACAAAGUACUUGAAGGUUCCACCAUCGAUGUGAAAAAGCUUCAACUCAUUCUUCAAGGGAGCAUCAGUGUGCAGGUGAAUGCAGGUCCUAUUGCCUAUGCCAAGGCCUUUUUGAGUGAUGAGAAUGCAGUCCAAUACCCUGCAAACCAUGUGGCUCGCUUGAUGGACCUUUAUCGGGAGUUCAUCGAUGUGUGCGAGGAGGCACUGGAGACGAAUGGGCGCCUGAUUGGAAGCGAGCAGAAUGAAUACCAGGAGGCACUGAAGACGAGUUUCUACAAUUUCUUAGACUCUCUGCGGGUGAUCGUGCCAGAUUCAGCACUGUUUGGGGAUGAGGGGGCAGAUACGAAUCUCCUUGCCAAGCGCAGUUCUACUGCCCUGUUCAACAUGAUAAGUGGAACUGCAUCCACCAUCCACCCUUAGACACAUUGUGGCCUGCUGCCAUAUUGAACAUGAUCAACUGAACUGCAUCUGCCAUCUAUCUCUCUACAAACUGAGUCAUAUCAAAAAUCUUUCCUGCUGCCAAAGAAUUUCAUUUGGUUGUUCUCUGACUUUUAUGUGCAAGUGGUUUGAUAUUUACAUUUCUGCUGUUUUGCUUGUACAAAUGGGCUUUAUUUUCUAGUCCCUUGACUGCUCUUUGAUGAUAUUAUGAUAACCU